AAGGAUAUGGCUAGUGUUCAAGAUAUCUCUGUUUCAGCUUCUAUCAAUCUUCUAUCUGCAUUGGCAUUUCUUUUGGCCUUUGCAUUUUUACGGCUUCAACCAUUCAAUGAUAGAGUGUACUUUCCAAAAUGGUAUCUGAAGGGUAUAAGAGCAAGCCCUAGGAAUUCUGGACCUUCAGUGACGAAAUUUGUCAAUUUGGACUUCAGAACGUAUUUGAAAUUCUGGAAUUGGAUGCCUGCAGCAUUAAGAAUGCCAGAACCGGAGCUCAUAGAUCAUGCAGGGCUCGAUUCUGCUGUGUACAUUAGGAUUUACCUUCUAGGGUUGAAAAUCUUUGUCCCUAUAGCUAUUCUCGCUUUUGCGGUAUUGGUUCCUGUCAAUUGGACUGGGAAAACAUUAGAUAACAUCAAGGAUUUAACGUACAGUGACAUUGAUAAGCUUUCAAUAUCUAAUGUUCCUUCAGGAUCAAAAAG